CAGACCCCGCAAAGUAUAUAUUUUUACAAAAUGGUGGCUUCUUCGCGGAGAAAUUCGUAGUGGCGAUUAUUAACAAAAAGCACGCAAUUUGGCCAGCGAAUUAUUGCAAAUUGUUGGCGAAAACACUCGCAACGACGCUGGCUGUGGUGUGUGGAUGGAAAACCCGCGGAAAAGCAACCAAAAAACGCGCACGAACCAAGUGAAAAUAACUGAAAGCGAAGGCAGGCAAUAAAAAAACGCAAGCAAGCAACCAAAGUGCGUGCCUGUGUGUGUGUGAGUGUGUCUGUGUGUGCUGCUCUCUGUCUGUGUGUGUGUUUCUGUACGUGAGUGUGCCUGUGUGUGUGUGCGCAAAGUGUAUGCAAAAAGAAGAAGAGAAACGGAGAAGAGCAUUAAAAAAAGCGUACGACGAGUUUCACGCGCCCAACAACAAAAACACAAAAAGCAGCAGCAACAAAAACAACAUUACUUGGCAGUAGCAGCAAUAAAAACAACGACAACAAGCAGCAGCAGUAAAACCUGUGUUUGUGCAAAUUAACCAAAAUAUACAUUUCCGGCUACUCGCUGCCCCCUCGCUGAGCAAGAACAGCAACAACAACAACAACACUAUCAAGAGCAACAAAAGCAGAGCAACAGCAUCGACCAAGACCGCCCACCCCUUCGCAUCCAACGAGCCAGCACAUCAUCAUCAUCAUUAUUAUCAACUGGAGUGUGGAAUUCGGAGACGGGAGACCGGAGUAACUUUGCCGCCUUCAGCUGGGGAGAGGAGCUUCUUCGGGAGGAACGCCUCGACGACUAUACAACCCCGACCACGGAUUCAUGUUGAAUUUUCAUAUCGUAGAGGGCAUAAAAAGGCUUAACACUGGACCGGAAGCGUGUUUUUAAAGGGUGAUGGCGGCCUCCACUCAAGGAGAAAUUCGAGUGGGUCCCGGCCACCAGGUAAACGAUGUCUAUGCAAAACUGCCCGAUUAUAAUCCAAUCUCAAGCUUCCCCAUCGACAAGGAAACCGAUGAACGUGAACUAGAGGAAUCAAGAUGGAGUCCAGGCGUUGUGGCCGAUGGCGACUUGUUAAUGUUCUUGCGUGCGGCUCGCUCGAUGGCUGCAUUUCAAGGAAUGUGUGAUGGCGGACUAGAAGACGGUUGUUUGGCUGCCAGUCGCGACGACACCACAAUAAACGCACUCGACGUGCUCCACGAUUCUGGCUACGAUCCAGGCAAAGCUCUACAAGCGCUCGUAAAGUGCCCCGUUUCGAAGGGCAUCGACAAGAAGUGGACCGAGGACGAAACAAAGAAGUUCAUCAAGGGUCUGCGUCAGUUCGGCAAGAACUUCUUCCGCAUCCAUAAGGACCUGCUGCCGCACAAGGACACGCCGGAGCUGGUCGAGUUCUACUAUCUGUGGAAGAAGACGCCCGGCGCGAACAACAAUCGGCCGCACAGGCGCCGCCGACAGAGCGCCCUGCGCCGCAACCGUGUCACGCGGGCGAACAACAGCAGCAGCAGCAAUACACCUCCCAAGAAGGAGGACACGCCAGAACCACAAACUGCGACGACGGCGACGGCGGCGGCAACCGCGGCGUCCGAGACGGCGAGUCGAUCCUCGCCCGCUGUCUCCAAGGAGGAGAACAGCUCGCUCACCGAGGACGACGCCAGCGAGUGCGACAGUGAUUCGAGUCUGACCCACAAAAGGGAUGAAUCACCCUCAAGGAUGAGGACGCGAAAUAAGCAACAGAACAACAAUAACAACAACAACAGCAGCAGCACCACCACCAGCAGCAGUAGCAGCAGCAGCAGCAACAAUAACAACAACAACAACUCGGCCGGAAACAACGGUGGUGCGAACGCCACCUCAAUAAGCAGCGGUUCAACUGGCGGCGGAGCCGCUGGCGGCAAUAACUCGUCCAAGGAUCAGUCAUCAGCCAACGCCGUGGCUAAUGGAAAGCGGCCCAAGCGAGGCUCCGAAACACCGGACGUUGCCGGCGGAGCCUCGGUCGACAGUCCCAAGACGCCGACGAAGGCCGUGGCCGAGAGUUCGGCCAACAAGCGCAAGGGUGGCAAGCAGGAUACGCCCAACAAGAAGAAGCGAACGGAGCAGGAGGCCAGCGAGCCGACGAGUGCCCAGGAGGAGAAUGCCAGUGUCAAGGAGAAGCGCAAGCGGCCGGACAGUCCGGUGGAGAGCAUGAACUCGGACAGCAGGCCCGACUCCGUGCUCGACGAUGGCGAGUCCAAUACGACGGACACCACCACCGCCGAGCAGCAGUCCACCAAGGACAGCAAGGAGACGGUCAGCUGCAAGGAGGAGCGCGAAAUGGCCACCAACGAUCUGGAGGCCAAGGUCGAGGAGAAGGCCCUCGGCAUCAAGGCAGAGGCUCUGGCGGAGGACAGCAAGGACAGCGCCAUCAAGAACAUGGACGAGGAGACGAACAUCCAGGCGCCGAGCAGCGUGGAGACGAGUUCGGUGGAUCCCAAUGCCGCCAUUGUUCCCAUUGCGCCACCGAUUACCAUGAAAGUGCCCACAAUUGCCACGGUGGAGGCGCUCAAUGCGUCCGUGGAGCGCAAGGAGGCCAUCGAGAAGAUGGAGUCGUGCGACAGCGACCCCGAGAUGCUCAAGAAGCUGGCCACCAUCAAGCAGGAGGUUUCGCCACAGCAGCAGCAGCAGCAACAGCAGCAGCAGCAGCUCUUGCAGCAGCAAACGCAACAGCAGCUGCAGCAGCAACUCGCCCCCGUUGGCAUUCAGCCACCGCCAGUGUGCCCGCCCUCGGAAUCGGUGUACAUCAAGAAGGAGCCCAUGGAGGACUCGAUGGACGCCACCUGCAACCAGAACAGCAACGAGCCGCAGGACCUGAAGGUGAAGAUCGAGAUCAAGAACGAGGAUGCCCUCAAGCACAGUGCGGGCGGCUUGCCGCCCAGUGGUCCCGGUGCUCCGCCUUCGGCACUGCAUCCGCUCUCGGGAGCUCCGGUCGAAAGUGGCCAGCCAGAGCCGUUGCACCUGCAGCACAUGCCGCAUGGUCCGCUGCCCACGCAACCGCCACCUGGCUACCUAAUCGACGGGCAGCUGAAGUAUGGACCUCCGGGACAAGGUGUUCCACCGCAGCCACCUCAACUGCACAGCGAUGCGGCGGGCGGAGGCAGCGGAGCACCGCCAGGAGCGCCGACAACGCCGCAAAAGUAUCCGCCCGAGAUGGAGAUGAAGUUCGCGCCCCAGGAUCUCAAGUAUCCACCGCCGCCGCCAUUGGAUGCACUCAAGUACAGCCAGGAGAUGCAGGCGGCGGCGGCUGCAGCGGCUGCUGCCGGCAAGUACGACAUGAAGUACAUGAUGGAGCAGCAGGGCAAGUAUCCCGUGGAGUUGUCCGCUGCCCACCAGCCGCCUAGCAAGCCGGGCUACCAGGAUUCCCUGAAGAUACCCGAUGUCAAGCCCGGUUUCGGUCACCUGCCGCACAACGUUGGCUCUCCGCUGGACGUCGCCCACAAGUACGGGCCACCGCCCACGUCGCAGGAGUCGCAGCAACAACAGCAGCCGCAGCCACCGGCGCAUCAGGUGCCGCCGGGAGCCACUCCGCCGCCGGGAAUUGCCAUGCCCAAGCCGCACUACCAGCACGACGUGCAGACGCCGCCGCUGGGAAGGCCGUUCGAGCCAUCCGGCCUGAUGCUCAAGUACGGCGAUCCGCUGGCGGCCAAGUACGGUCCGCCGCAGGACCUGAAGUACCCGAUGCCGCCGGUCUCACAGGCCGGAGGACCCGCGGACGUGAAGCCCUACGGCGGCGAGAAUCUGAUCAAGUCCUCGCCGUACGGACCGCCGCCGGAGAGUCCGAUCGACGCCUCGGCGCGUUCGACGCCCGGCCAGGAUAGCCAGGGCAGCAACAGCAACUCGCAGCCGCCGUCGAUGCCGCCGCAGCCGCAGCAGUUCCAGUCGCCGCAUCCCUCGCCGCACAUGCCUUCGCCGGCCGGCGGUGGCCUGCCACCCGGGAUGCAUCCGCAAAAUCUCAUCCACGGCCCGCCACCAACGUCAGCGGCCGGCAGUGGUGGUCCCCAGCCGCCGCCGCCGCCCACUUCGCUGCACCAGCCGACGCCGACGGCUCCGGGUCCGGGUCCACCGAGCCUGCAACACGGCCUGCAUCCCGGUCACCAGCAUCCGCAGCUCUCGGUGGCGUCGUCGCUGCCGCCCAGCUCCAUUGGCAUCCCGCCGACGCUGUCCACCAUGGCGCCCACGCACAUGCACCCGCAUCUCCAUCCGCAUGCGCAUCUGCAGGGACUCCAUCGGCCGCACGACCUGCCGCCCAGCAUGCAUCCACAUGCGCCCAUGCCGCUCUCGCUGCAGGGACAUCCGCAGCAUGGUCACGGCCUGCCGCCGUCGCACGCUCCCCAACAACAGCAGCAGUCGCAGCAGCAGCAGCAGCAACAACAGCCGCCCGGCGGACCAGCGGGCACGGUGCGGACGCCAUCACCUGCCCAGCAGCCGCCGAGAUCCAUGCACGAUUCGCAGUCGUCUCGCGACCCGCCGCCCAGUUCGCAGCCCUCGACCACGAUGGCGGGAUCGAGUGGACCACCGGGUGGACCGCCGCCGCAACAGUCGCCGCAUGCGCACCGCACAUCGCCGCUGCCUGGUCUCGCCGGCAGUGGUCCGCCGCCGCCGGGAUUGAUCGGGCAUCCGAUGGCCAUACACCCGCAUCUGGCGCACCUGCCACCCGGCCAUCCGGCCCACGCAGCGCUGGCCCAUCCGGGACACCAUCUGCUGUCGCACUCGAUAGCGGGCCUGGGACCCGGCGGUGGACCCAUCGCCCUGCUGGCCGGACCAGGCGGACUCGGGGGCAUCCCGGAGUCCGCUCUCAGUCGCCGCACCCCGCCCUCUCACCUGCCACACUCGCACGCCUCGUCGGCUCCGCUGACGCCGCACUCGGUGGCCAGCAUGACGUCCACCAGCAUGUCGCUGACCACCAGCACGGUGCCAUCGUCCGCCUUUAGCCGCGCUAGUCCCAGCGUGCAGAUCUCGAGUGGCGGCGGUGGCGGAGGCGGAGGAGCAGGAGCAGGAGGUCCGUCGGGCCCCGGAAGCGUUGGACCCGGCGGGCUGCCCAACUCCUCGGCCGCGGCGGCGGCAGCUGCAGCAGCGGCUGCUCAUCGAGCGGCCUCGCCGGCGUCCAGUGUCAGCAGCCUGAGUCGCCAGAGUCCGUUGCAUCCGGUGCCACAGUCCCCGCUCAGCCAUCAUCCCUCGUCGUCGGCGCUGUCCGCCGCAGCAGCCGCCGUGGCGGAAAGGGAUCGGCAUGCGCUGAUGCGCCAGCAGUCGCCGCACAUGACACCGCCGCCGGUGUCGAACGCCUCGCUGAUGGCCAGUCCGCUGAGCAAGAUGUACGCCCCUCAGCCGGGACAGCGGGGCUUGGGGACGUCGCCGCCACCGCACUUGCGGCCGGGAGCCUCGCCGCCGGUCAUCCGACACCCGCAGAUGCCGCUGCCGCUGCCACUGAUUGCACCGGGUGGGGGACUGCCGCAAAUCGGAGUGCAUCCGGGGCAGUCGCCGUACCCGCACCCGCUGCUGCAUCCCUCGGUCUUCUACUCGCCGCACCACCAUCCCUUCAACUCGCCCUACGGCUAUGCGCCUUACGGUCCCGGAUUCCCGGCCUACAUGAAGCCACCGCCGCAGCCGGGACAACUGGAUCCCGCUGCCGUGAUGGCGGCCCAUCAUGCCGGCUUGCAGGGACCACCGCCCCAGCAGAUGCGUCAGGAUGAACAGAAUGCAGCGGCGGCCGCAGCAGCAGCAGCUGCAGCUGAAAAGCAACACCAAGCUGCCGCAGCAGCAGCAGCUCAGCAGCACAAGGCGCCGCAGCAGCCGCAGCCCGGCGGAAUGCCGCCCAACAAGCCGCCGACGCCAAAGACGCCGCAGGGACCGGGUGGCGGGAUGCCGCCGGGCAUGGGCGGACCGGGAACACCGACGGGACUGCCGCCGGGUGCCUAUCCCGGAAGCCAUAUGCCCGGAUAUCCGCCUGGACCGCCGCACGGAUCACCCUUUGCGCCGCAAGACGGUCAGCCCCAUGGCCUGAAGCCAACUUCGCACAUGGACGCCCUGCGAGCGCACGCACACUCGGCCAAUUCGGCGGGAUUGGGCGGAGGACAUCAUCCCACGGAGCCAUUACCCAUUGAUAUUGAGCCGGAUCCGGAGCCGGAGAUUCCCAGUCCCACGCACAAUAUACCACGUGGUCCCAGUCCCGAGGCGAAACCGGACGACACCGAAUGCCAUCGCUCUCAGUCUGCCAUAUUUGUGCGCCACAUCGAUCGAGGAGAUUACAAUUCGUGCACGAGAACGGAUUUGAUCUUCAAGCCAGUGGCCGACUCGAAGUUGGCUCGCAAGCGUGAAGAGCGCGAUCGCAAGCUGGCCGAGAAGGAGCGCGAGCGCCGUCAGCAGCAACAGCAACAGCAGCAGCAGCAGCAACAACAGCAAGCGGCAGCAGCGCAACAAGCGGCGCAACAGGCCAAGAUGAAGGCGGAACUGAAGCCUCCGUAUGCAGAUACUCCGGCUCUUCGGCAAUUGUCCGAGUAUGCUCGUCCUCACGUCGCCUUCAGUCCUGUUGAGCAGAUGGUGCCAUAUCAUCAUCCAAUGGGCCCCAUGUACAGAGAGAGGGAACUGGAGGAGAUCAAGAACGCACAAGCUGCUGCGGCGAGUCAAUCCCGACUAGAUCCGCACUGGAUGGAGUACUAUAGACGCGGCAUCCAUCCCUCGCAAUUCCCACUGUAUGCGAAUCCCGCGAUAUCGCAGAUGGAGAGGGAGCGUCUGGGCAUUCCACCUCCGCACCAUGUGGGGUUGGACCCGGGCGAGCACAUGAUACGAUUGACGAGAGAAUAUCAUGCACACUCUCAUACUCAUUUACAUUUGCCUUUGCAUCCACAGCCGCAACCACCGGAGGCCGGUUUCCAACUGCCACCGAAUGUUGGCCAGUAUCCGCGGCCAAAUAUGCUUAUACCUAGGGAGCCGCACUCGGAUGUCCUGCUGCGCAUGUCCUAUGCCGACCAACUACAGUAUUUACAGGCCGCCGAGUUCCAGCGACAGUCCCUGCAUGAUCAGUACUUUAGGAAUCAGCUGCGUUAAUCGGAAGUGGAUCGUGGAUCGCUCCAGCUGCACACACCACACUUCACACUA